AUGCAGACCAAAAGUGCAACCCCGCAAGGGCGCCCGAAGCAGACCUCGCUUAUGAACUUCUUCGGGGCAGCAGCAACGGCAAACGCAGAAGAGACUCUAUUCUUUGGUGAAGCCACCAAGUUUAAGAUCGACAGUGACUCGCCUGUGAAGAGAAGACGCACGAGUGAAGCAGACGAGGAGAACUGGGUGAAUGGCGGCGAUGUGGCAGUACGAGAAGAGAUUUCUCGUCCGCCGUCUCCUGUUCGCGCUCCUGUUUCCUCGGAAAAGAAUUCGAAAUUCCGUGGUGGUUUUGCUGUUGACUCAGACGACGAGGAUGACGAGGACAAAGCGUUUGAAGUGGAUGAGGACAAGCCGUAUCAAGACAAUAAGGACAGAGAUCAUCAAGACGACAGCGUGGUCUACCAAGACAACAACGAGGAAAAAGUGCCCCUCAACGACGUCACCGAGGAAGCUAUCACUCAUCCUCCACUGGUGCGCCAUGACACCAGUGUGUAUGUGCCGGGCGACUUCGGCGACGAGGAAUUUGAGAAUGAAGAAUUCUAUGAGCAAGGCGAAGAGUUCCUGGAAAGACAGUGGAUGGAAGAGCAGGCGGCCAUGGAGGCGGCGUUUGAUGAAGAUUCAAGAUCAGACGACGAUACAGCGAGCGUAAGGACACCUAGAACGCCCAUGACACCACAAGAUGAGCUAGAUCUGCCAGAGUUGCCAACAGAAGAAAGCGUAUCGUCCUGUCCAAUAUGCAGCGGCAGCUUGAGCGGCCUCACCGAAGCGCAAGCAUCAUCCCAUGUCAAUGCCUGUCUCGAUGGCAAUGCACCGCCACUACCAGAGAGAAAGCCAGAGGCUGCCGUUCCAGCGAAAGAAGAGCCCAUCUCGAGAUCCUCAUCGCCGUUCAAGCAGCCGUCAAAGCCUGCACACCGGUUCCGACAAGCAGCCAUUGCCCGUCCACCGCAAGCCAACCCCUUCAGCGCCGCAAAGGAGGGCAAAUCUGGUGGAUCCGCCUUCUCAAAACUCAUGUCAGGACAUGCUGAAGACAUCGCUUGGGCCGAAGCAGCAGCCAACGAGAAGGACUCCCGAGGCAAGCCAGCAUAUCAGCGAACCUGCCCCUUCUACAAGAUCAUGCCUGGAAUGUACAUCUGCGUCGACGCUUUCCGCUACGGCAAAGUCGAGGGUCAGAAUGCCUACUUCCUUAGCCACUUCCAUAGCGACCACUACAUCGGCAUGACCUCAAGCUGGUGCCACGGACCCAUCUAUGCGAGCAAAGUCACCUGCAAUCUCAUGCGUCAACAGCUAAGAGUCGAUCCCAAGUGGAUCAAGCCGCUAGAAUUUGACAAGAAAUACGAAAUUCCAGACACUAACGGUGUGCGGGUUACCAUGCUGCCAGCAAACCACUGCCCUGGCUCCUCGAUCUACGUCUUCGAAAAGGCUCUGUCAGGCAAGAACAAAGAUGGCUCUGAUCGAGUACAUCGGAUCUUGCACUGUGGCGAUUUCCGCGCCUGUCCUGCACACGUCAACCACCCUCUUCUACGUCCCAACAUCGUGGACACCAUCUCUGGUGCAACAAAAGAGCAAUGGAUCGACACAUGCUACCUAGACACCACCUACCUAACCCCAAAAUACGCCUUCCCCAGCCAAUCCGACGUCAUCGACGCCUGCGCCGCCAUGUGCGUCAGUCUAUCCAACGAGAUCCCGGACCCGAACGACAACUGGGAGCAAGCCAAAUCCACCCGCAUGGGCAGUACCAUGUCCAAGUUCCUCGAAGCCGGCACUACCCCAGCCAUCAAACCCGAGCCAACGGAUGACGAAGUUCUUGACACCAAAACCAACCUCAAACCCCGCGGCCGCCUCCUCGUCGUGAUAGGCACCUACUCGAUCGGCAAAGAGCGCAUCUGUCUCGGCAUCGCCAAAGCGCUGAACUCGAAAAUCUACGCCCCACCCAACAAGAUGAAAAUCUGCCGCGCCCUCGAAGACAAAGAACUCAAUGCUCGCCUCACCUCACGCCCGCAAGACGCAUCAGUCCACAUGCAGAUCCUCUUCGAGAUCCGCGCAGAGACACUGCACGAAUACCUCCAGCAACACCGCCACCACGGCUUUACCAGAGUCGUGGGCUUCAGGCCCACAGGGUGGAACUACAAGCCGCCCUCCCAUCGCUUUGUGGAGAACCCCGUCGUCGACAACAUUCUGUAUUCGGAAGGGUGGAAGUCGAAAUUCAACAUGCGCGACCUCGUCCCGCAACGUGGCAGCACGCGGGAAUCCAACUGCUUCGGGGUGCCAUAUUCGGAACACAGCAGUUUUCGGGAGCUGACCAUGUUUUGCUGUGCAUUGAGGAUUCGCAAGGUGGUGCCGACGGUGAAUGUGGGUAGUGCGAAGAGUAGGGAGAAGAUGAAGAAGUGGAUUGAGAAGUGGGAGGUGGAGAGGAAGAAGAAGGGGCUGUUUGAGUGGAACGAGAAGGGGGGUAGUGGUGGGGAUACGGAGAAGUUUGAGGGGUUGCAUUAUGGUGUUUGA